UCAAAUGUUUCGCGGUUGCCAAGACGGCCCGCUGCUCCGCGUCACGUGCGAGUGGGAAGUCGCGGCGACACAAGAGCUGAGUCGCGCCGGGCUGAGCGCUCGCUCGCAGUCGGAGCUGAGUGCGGAGCCCAAGACGGACGGCUACAGCUCUCGGGGCCCCAGCCGUCCCCACACCCGGUCCCCCUCCCUCGGCCUCCUCCCCCAGUCCGGGCUGCCGAGCCGCCCGGCGCAGAAGGAAGCAUGCUGGCCGUCGGCUGCGCGCUGCUGGCCGCCCUGCUGGCCGCGCCCGCGGUCGCGCUGGUCCUCGGGAGCUGCCGCCCGCUGGAGGUGGCAAACAAUACGGUGAUUAGCCUGCCCGGGGCCACCGUCACCCUGAUCUGCCCUGGGAAGGAAGCAGAAGGCAACACCACCAUUCAGUGGGCGUACUCUGGCUCGCAGCACAGACGGUGGACUACCACGGGGAACUCACUGCUUCUGAGGGCAGUGCAGCUCAAUGAUACGGGCAACUAUUUAUGCUUCCUGGAUGAUCACCUGGUUGGAACUGUGCCCUUGCUGGUAGAUGUUCCUCCAGAGGAGCCUAAACUCUCCUGCGCCCGGAAGAACCCCCUUGUAAGUGCUACUUGUGAGUGGUUCCCAAGCAGCCCCCCCUCUCCUACGACCAAGGCUGUGCUGUUUGUGAAAAAAAUCAACACUGCCAAACCAAACAGUGGCUUCCAGUUGCCCUGCCCGUAUUCUCAGAAGUUCAGAAGCUUCUCCUGCCAGGUGGAAAUCCUAGAGGGUGACAAAAAUUACCACGUAGUGUCGCUGUGCGUUUCAAACAGUGUCGGAAGCAAGUCCAGCAGCAAUGUGGCUUUUCACAGUUUAAAAAUCGUGCGGCCUGACCCCCCUGUGAAUCUUGUGGUGUCCGCCAUACCUGGAAGGCCUCACUGGCUCAAUGUCAGCUGGCAAGACCCUGAGUCCUGGGACUCACGCUACUACAUGCUGAAGUUUGAGCUUCGAUACCGACCUGUGUGGUCGAAGACGUUCACGGUGUGGCUGGAGGCCCAGCACCAGUGCAUCAUCCGUGAUGCCUUGCGAGGAGUGAAGCACGUGGUGCAGCUCCGUGGGAAGGAGGACCUUGAGACCGGCCAGUGGAGCGAGUGGUCCGCGGAGGCCACCGGCACUCCUUGGAUAGAGCCCCCGAGCACUCCCACAGGGAUCCUGGAGGACCCCACACAGGUCUCUGAUGAAGACUAUGACGAAGAGGAGUAUUUGUACAACCAGCCUGUAAAAGCGACAAGCUUCCCGGCCUCAGGGCAAGAUUCUUCCUCAAUAUCGCUGCCCACAUUCCUGGUGGCUGGAGGAAGCCUGGUGUUUGGGUUGCUCCUCUGUGUCUUCAUCAUCCUGAGGCUCAAGAAGACGUGGAAGUCUCCGGCUGUGCAGGAAAGCAAGACAAGUUCUCCCCCGCCAUAUUCCCUGGGACAACUGAAGCCGGCCUUCAUACUGGUUCCUCUCCUCACCUCAGCAGGGUCCCACAACAGCUCCAGGCCUGACAACACCUUAAACCACAGCCGUCCGGGUGUCAGAGACCCGCAGAGCCCUUAAGACACCAGCAAUAGGGACGGCUUAUUCCACAGCUAGUUGUCUGGAUGGGACCUGCAGCUGGUGUCAGAUCAGCACCGCCACUCCAGCUCACCCGGCCAGCAGUGGCGGUUGGGGAGAGCCUUGCAGAAGGUGCGGAGGGGUUAGGACUGUGUGCUGCACAUGCUCUGAAGGCAGGGGUUGUGAGGGACGCAGGCCACCAUGAGGACAUAGCCUCCACACCCUCAGGAUAGCCUCAGGUAGGGGUGCCAAAGGUUGCCCUAAUUGCCUAGCUCUGACUCACUCCCCCAACCCACCUUUUAGUUGAACUCUUGCAAUCCAAGCACCUUUGGCCUUCUCUUUUCCUAGGCCGCUAAGGCUGGGGAGGAACUCAUGCCCACUCUCCUCGAUACCGGGAAAGCCGCUGGAAAAGCAGCUGGCGUCCCGCUUGUGACGAAUCUCUCAGGGCCUGAUGGUUUAAGCAGAAUGAUAUUAAUCUCUUGUAAGACGUUUCAGAUGUGAAUGAUAAUUCUAGGCACUGCUGACUGCAGAAGUUUUCUUUUCUUAUUUGAACUCAGGACUUCAGGAGAAGAGAAGCAGGAAGGAAGGGGAAGGACGGAUCUCCACUGUGCCAGUUGUAGUCCAGGGACACAGCCUCUGAAAACAUGUUUUCUGUCCCCCGCUACUUCCCCAGGGGAGGGUGCUGUUAGUGAGUUCCUCUGCUAGGGCAGAGAGUAUAGCUACUUUACUCUGGCCUUGCUCAUACUGGUUUCAACUGGACCUGAGCUACUGGGAAAGACAACAUUCAUGAAAAAAGAAAAACUUAAGUAGCAUUUCCAUUUUGCUUUUACAAAACUGUUGUCUGAACCGUGUGGUGGCGCACACCUUUAAUUCCAGCAUUUGGGAGGCAGAGGCAGGUGGAUGUUUCUGAGUUCAAGGCCAGCCUCUAACAGAGUGAGUACCAGGACAGCCAGUGCUACACAGAGAAACCUUGUCUUGGAAGACAAAACAAACAAAUUAACAAACAAUCAAGGAAUGAAAACUGUUGCCUGUUUCUCUUGACCCUGGAAGAGGCUGUGUGCUGGUGCAUGAACCACCCAGGAGGUGGGAGAUGAUAGUGGGGUGGGGGAUGGCAGGGUGAUACAGUAACUUUGUUUAGCACAAAAGCCAAGUCAAGUGAAAAUCAAGAAAAAUGUUUCCUGUAACAGAGAAGACUUCGGUUUCGUUCUGUGUCUUGUUUCUGUCUUAAAAAGUGUACGAAUAGUCUGUGCUUGGCUUCAGGGAAUGAAUGCGUGCCAGGCUUAGGAAAGAAGGGUAUCCACUUCCUGUUACCCCUCACCGCCACCAUGGCCUUCCUCACUUCACAUCCAGUCCCCGCAGAAGCACUGGUCCCCUCGUCACUUUCGCUUCACUGAUGUUAGUGGUCACCCAGGAGACCGCAGAGUGGCGCUGGGAUUAAAGUGAGCCUUGCAGUCAUUUCUUUUUUUUUUUUUUUUUUUUUUUACCAGAUCCCAAUGCUUUGCUAGUAGCUUACCUUUUCAGAAAAUGCCACCCCCAGGGGACAGGAGGUGGAGCCCGGAGGCCACACUUGUGCUGUCUGCUCCACAGAUCCGGGUGCCACUGCCCUGGGCUUUGUAUGUUUCAGGGCCUGUUGCUGUCAUAGAAAAGGGUUUGUAAGUUGACAAAAACCAGGCAGGUAUUCAUGUUUUUUCCCCCUUUGUUAAGUUUCUGGGACUCAAGAGUUGCAAACAUGCUGUGAAGGGAGUGAGGGAGUGUUAGAAAAAGCGAUCAGUAGGGAGCAGGCGGCUGAGCUUAGUCUUCACCUGCUGGUACCAAAGCCAGGCAGAACAAGCUGGUGGAAGAUUGAAAUCCAGAUAACUCAUUAUCUCCGAAAGCUAAGUAGCUUUAAUCCCCAAGUUGUUAUUGCUUUCACUAUUAUUAUAAAAGGCUAGCCCUCCCCCCUUUUUCCUUUUGACUUUUAAUAAGCUAAUGUCAAUGAAGUCUGUUUCAUCUGAGCCCCAGCUUCGCUCAGAGACACAGGUCCAGGCCCUCAGCUGCUUCUGGCCUCCAAUCUGUGUCACUGGAGUUUCUGCAGCCCACAGGCUGCCUGUCAACAGUCACUUGACACCCACAGUCAGGGAUCCGGCAGGCAGAUGUGGCAGCUUUAGACAGGGUUUAAACACGACCUCCGCUGCACGGUGGGAAGAGUAGAACCGGCUCAAGUGCUAAACUGAGAUUUGAUUCUUAAGGCAUUAGUGAAACAGCUUUAAAAUAUUUCAAGGGAGUAGCAGGGGCUGUGCACCGAGACGUCUGGAGACCGAAUGCUUUCUCUCCGCGAGCGUGGUCUCUGCAGUUUCUCACCUGGCUGUAUGCUCACGCUGAGUCUUUGCCGUGUCCCUGAUGUCUUGGGAGAACGAAACUGGUGUGAAGUUCACGGCUGGAGUUGGGCUGGAGCCAGUGGGGCACAGAGCCCAGCAGGGUAGGCCAGCUGUGGCCGUGCUCUGCAGGUUUAAGAAUGCCUGGCUUGCCUCCUUUUUCUCCCUAGCAGCUCGUUAUGCCUUACCUAGUUGGAGAGGAUUCCCACACUCAGCUGCAGGUGGAGGUGCUGAGAAACCUAUCUUCAGGGUUACAGGAUUACAGGGUCACCUUUCCCAUGCUGCAGCCUAUGGUGAGGCUGUGGCUGGAAGUGGCAGGCCAGCUGGCUCAGGACCUAGUGCUGGUGCUGGGGAGGGUCUGCCAAAGGUCUUUCCAGCCUCUAGUCCUCGCGAGGUUGGAUACCAGUUCCAGGAGUUUCUAUGGCAACCUCGAUGCUUAUUAAGGAAAAUUGUCAAUUUUGUGAAUGUAUGCUCAGAUGGAGAUCUAGUUUGCAGGGGAAGGACUGGGACUGUGGAGCGAGCUGGAAUGACAGAGAUUUUCUUGGCUAGAGAUCAUAUCCGUUAAGCAAAAUACCUCAAUGCUACAUGUUUUGUUUCAAGACAAUGUUUUUAAGGUUUUUUACCCGUGUUACCAGCAAGUUGAUACCUAAGCUCUUUCUGCAAAGUAGUGUAAUAUGUUUUUUCAAUGUUUUCUUUUUGGGGGUGGGGGAAGAACCACUGUUUUUUAAAAGUGAAAAUUGUAACUGAAAUAAAUACUUUUUCAAACUGCA